AUUCUGCUACGGCGGCAGUGUUCAGACACAUGCGUGUUUCUACACACCAGCUAUUAUCACGCGCAGUUCUAAACACUCUCCGCGACAAGUGCUCCCACCCUGUACUGAACCCCUCCCUACACAAUAUUUGGUGACUCAAACGCAGCCCCCGGGAGGUCUUCGGCGCGCCAGUCAUUCUCGGAGGAUAUUUUUUUUUAAUAACAUCUGGCUGAGGAAACCUUGGUUGAGGAAACGUUUGUAUAGGCCUAAGAGUGAAGAAUGGGGUAAAAUAACGUAUGGUUUUUUUUUCUUCGACGAGGGGAUAUUACUUUGUGACGUUUGUUGUGUGUGGUUCCCAAUAAAAUAAAAUGCCAGUACGCAGAGGUCAUGUGGCUCCGCCAAACAUCUUCAUCGAUACGAUAAUCCGGAAGUUUGACGGUCAAAACAGAAAGUUUGUAAUUGCGAAUGCCCAGAUAGAGACGUACCCAAUCAUCUUCUGUAAUGAUGGGUUCUGUUUCCUCACUGGGUUCUCCAGGGCUGAGGUCAUGCAGAAAUCUUGUCUGUGUGAAUUUCUUCAUGGUCCAACGACGAGCACAUACUCCAUACUGCAGAUCAAAGACGCACUUCGCGGGACGGAGGAGAAACAGAUCGAGGCCAUGUACAGUCGAAAAGAUGGAAGUCUGUUUCUCUGCAGUGUACUUGUGGCACCUGUUAAAAACGAACAGGGAGACAUCAUUAUGUUCAUUAUUAACUACGAAGACAUAACAGAUGCUCCCCUGAAAAAUGAAGUGGUCAAAAACUUCAAAAACAGUCGACAUCGCAGUUUUAAAUUCCGUCUCCUUUCAAUUCGUCAUGACAUCGCAAGUAAAUCUAAGUGUAUCAACGUACGAUCUCGAGACCCAGAAGAUCCUGAAGACUAUGAUAAGUCCUCCCAGCUACAUGUAUCUGGGUCCCUCCCUCCCAACUCCCCACCAUCACAGGUUCGGAAAAAUGAGGGGCAAGGACAGGGUAAAGCUGGGAUCCCAAGGCGGGCAUCUUCAAUGGAGGCAUUGGAUAAACAAGGACUUCCUAAGACAGGGUCCCAGAAUUCUGUGGAUGGUUUACGGAGAAAACGGUGCCGCCCUCGGGCUAAUACACUAGGGCCAUGGGAAAUAGGGCAUCAAUUCAAAGAUCAUGUGAUCAACCAGGCUUCCAGUGACUCGCAGCUCGCCAAGCACCGUGCAAAAUUUGCAGAUAGUGUGAAUGACCUUGAUGGAGAAGAUACCCUGGACAGGGAGGGUCCAGUGGGGGACAGUCGAGGACCAAUAUUCCUCCCUAAUGUUGCCAACAUGAAGCACAAUGUAUCAGAGAAAGUAGCACAGGAUAUCGAGACAGAGACUUUGUCACAUGGAUCCAGCGACAAACAGCUGCAGUCGGCCAAUGUAGGUCGACAGAAUCUGGUCCGUAAGCUAAGUGACAAUGCCGGCAUCAAACGAAUGAGUGAGGCGGUGACGUACCUCAGGGGACGGAAGCCAGCGGUUCUUUCCCUUGGGGCUGAUGUUCUACCCGAGUACAAGCUUCAGUCGCCCAGAAUACACAAGUUUACCAUUCUACAUUACUCACCAUUCAAGGCUGUUUGGGAUUGGAUAAUCUUGCUCCUUGUCAUUUACACUGCCAUAUUUACCCCAUACUCUGCGGCAUUCGUUCUGAGUGAGGAGAAAAAGAAACCGUCCAAUGACAGCAUCCAGAGUCGUUACAGCGACCCACUGACCAUCAUCGACCUCAUAGUGGACAUCAUGUUCAUUGUGGACAUUCUGAUCAACUUCCGGACCACAUAUGUCAACAAAAACGAUGAAGUGGUCAGCGACCCAGGGAAGAUAAUGGUCCACUACUUCAAAGGAUGGUUCCUCAUCGAUGUGGUAGCAGCCAUUCCAUUUGAUCUCUUGUUGUUUGGAUCAAAAACUGAUGAGACAACGACCCUGAUAGGACUUCUAAAAACUGCCCGUUUGUUGCGACUGGUCAGGGUCGCCAGAAAGCUUGACCGUUACUCUGAGUAUGGUGCUGCAGUCCUCAUGCUUUUGAUGCUGAUUUUUGCGCUGAUUGCUCAUUGGUUGGCCUGUAUUUGGUAUGCAAUUGGUAACAUGGAACGUCCAAUGUUAGGUGACCUCAAGAUAGGCUGGCUGGACGAGCUCGCUCGACAAACCCAUCAGAAAUAUGUGAACGGAACGGGUGGGCCAACUAUCAAGUCGAAAUACGUGACGGCUCUCUACUUUACGUUCAGCAGUCUCACGAGUGUGGGGUUCGGGAACGUGUCGCCAAAUACAAACUCAGAGAAAAUCUUCUCCAUUCUCAUCAUGUUAAUUGGAUCUUUGAUGUACGCAAGUAUAUUUGGUAAUGUCUCGGCUAUUAUCCAGCGUCUGUACUCAGGGACAUCCAGAUACCACAUCCACAUGGUGCGGAUCAAGGAAUUCAUCCGCUUCCAUCAGAUUCCUAAUCCACUCCGACAAAGAUUGGAGGAGUACUUCCAACACUCGUGGUCAUACACGAACGGGAUCGACAUGAAUAUGGUGUUGAAGAGUUUUCCUGAGUGCUUACAAGCAGAUAUAUGUUUACAUCUUAACAAAAACCUCAUCAACAACUGUCCAGCAUUCAAAGCUUGUGUUGAUUUGCCUGGAAAAAACGAGUUAGGGGCCAGUCCAGGAUGCCUCAGAGCCUUGUCCAUGAAGUUUAAAACAACACAUGUCCCCCCAGGCGACACCCUCGUCCACCGUGGCGAUGUUCUGACUGCACUCUACUUUGUAUCCAGGGGCUCCAUAGAAAUCCUCAGAGACGACAUCGUAGUAGCUAUAUUAGGGAAGGACGACAUUUUUGGGGAGAACCUGUGUCGAUACGAGACGGUGGGCAAGUCCAGUUGUAACGUCCGGGCUCUAACUUACUGUGACCUUCACAAGAUCCACCGAGAUGACCUCCUAGAAAUCCUGGAUAUGUACCCCGAGUUUUCAGAACCUUUUAUCACAAACUUAGAAGUCACCUUUGACCUCCGAGAUGUGGAUCUGGACAUACGACACGGCGAUGGUGACAAGAGCCAAGAAAAUGUUCUGAGGAAGAGAAAAAAUGUCAGAUCACAUUAUUCGGAUACAGCAAGUCCAGGUCCAGAUGAACAAUCUCAAGAGUAUAAAUUCCAGCCAUCUCGUGCACGGCGCCUCAGGCGGGACAAGGUCAGCGAAGAUGGGCCUACAUUUUCCAUGUCUUUCGAAGAUUCUUCAGAUGAAGACAUCCGAGAGAGUGGGGCGGGGAUCCUAGAGUUUUCUCCAGCAAAGGCGGGAUUGGAUGUCACGCCUGUCACCUUCGGGGAGUUUAAAAGAAAAGAAGAUAAAAGACAGAUGUCAGGAUUUUCCUCCAUUGCAGGAGCAUUUGCUAAUGUCAAUAACCUGGUCAGCGCAGUGACAGGUCGCUGCGACGCGGGAAAAUCCAGUGACCCCGACAUGACCCCUCUUCUAGAGGAUCACAAAGUUCAGCCAAAAAGACAAUCCACUUCCAGUGUGCCAAAGUCCACAUCGUCCAUGACUAUUCCCAUCUCCAGCCCCUCCCCCCUGUCUGAUGAGGUCCCUCACCCAGGGGAUCCGAGGACCCUCAUUCCACGAUCGUCUUUCAUCCACUAUGAACAUUCACAGCACUCACAGGAAAUGGAGAAAAGAUUGGAGGAUCUAGCCAGACAGCUAUCUCGACUGGAGGAGAAGAUGAAUUCUGACAUAUCGAUGAUCCUCCAUAUACUGCAGUCUCAGACAGGGGACCGUGGGGAUGGGGACGGGGCCACUACCCCCCUGCCAGACCACCCACCUCCAGACUACAGUCACGUCAACAGCCCAUCUGAGUCGGAGGAGAAAUUUACCCACAGUGCAGUUUUCCACCAGCAGGACAGACUGCUAGAGACAGCUGAUGAUUCACCAUGGGAACGACACGUGGAGGAAAAUCUCUCUGGUAUUUCCGGUCAUAUGACAUCCUCUACAGCGUCGACUUCUGUCGAUUUGUCAAUAGACCGUGAUGGAGCCACUGCCAUCCACGAAGAGGGGAGAAAACCAAGUCUUCCCAUUUCUGAACUACGCCAAACAACAUCUCCCACUAGUGAAAGGAGGGCACCGUUAGUGGAGCAGGAAGUAUCCCUUUUGGGGCCUGAACUCUCUGUCCCAGUUGUAGAGGAGGAGUUGUCUUCCUUGGCUCAAGAAAGGGCUGAACUCCAGAGACCUAGUAUAGUUAAGUGUGAUCAUGGAGAAACUGAAGUUAUGGAAUCAGGGGUCAAAGUGUCCGAUGGACAAUCAUUAGCCAAAGGUCAGACAAAGGAAGAUGAUGUUUCCUCUGAAGGACAACCAGAGCCACCUGGUGGUGAUCAACUGUACUCUGACCUCUCACCCGAAACCAGAAGGAGGCUUGGAAUUCCUUUAGAAUUAGACUCCAAGCAAACAUUUGUGUAACCUAUAAUUUCUUACAUGUAGAUGCCAAAAGAAAGUUGUGUAAUAAACAUACUAAAGGUAUAAUGCUCUAGACAGAAAAUAAUAGUGACUGUUCAAUAGUUUUUGUUAUAGGUUUUAUACAGGUAUUUGAAAGAUUCAAACAAGUCUGGAAAUGAUAGGGUAGUAUUGUUAUGGUCACCAAAAAAAAAAAAAAACAACUCCCCAGCCUGACACCCAUCUGUGUACUAUAAACACUGUCAAAGCUAAGUUAUGUGCAAAUUCUCAAAUAGAGAGAGACUUGAAGAAUAAGAUAUUUUGUAGUAAAAAUCAAUGGAAGCUGGAACAUUUUCCCCUAGAGUUGUGAAUAAUAGUAGGCAUGGCAAAUAUCUGUAAGAGCUGUGUUUGUGUGUCACUCAGGUCCUCAGUGUAAGUCAUCCGAGACUCAGAGAGAAAUCUUUGCUUUUCCUUCUUGUCUGAAUCGUACAAAGCCUGGUACUUAAGGAUGCAUAACACUCCUAUCAAAGCUGUGAUGAAUGAAAACCAUAGGAUAUAUGUAAUUAUGUUGUGGUGAUGGAAAUUCACAAUUUUGUCUUGUGUAGUGACUGUCUCAUGUAGCAAAAACAUGCAAUUUUGGUUUAGAAUUAUUUAGAAUGAUUUUAUCCCAGCACUAACGAGACUUUUAAAAUGAUGAGCAUGUAUAGCAUACCUCUGUUUGAAAAAAUCUGAGAAUGUUAUCCCUCCUUAAAUGUUAUUGAAAUUUAAACUUGAUCAGUGUUUGACAAAGAAAAUGAAAUUUAUUGUUAGUAUAUGUUAACUACACAUUCAGGGUAAAAAGGAAACACUGUCUUCUGUAUACAAUGUACAUGUACCUUUGAGAUAUCUUAGUGUGUGACAUGUAGAAAAUAAAAUCCUCAAUGAAU